AUUCACUCUCUCUCUUCUUUUUUACCUCUCCGUCUCCUCCUCAUCGGCGUAUUCUUCUUCUUCUUCGUCUUCUACCGGCGUCCUUGUUAUCUAUAUUCAACCCUAAACCUUGUUCGGACAAACCAUUUGCUCUAAAUUUUUUUUUUUUUUGGGUUUUGGUGCAUUAUUUAUUGUCAAAUUCCGCUUUUAUUUACGGCAUUUUUAUUGGGGUUUCCAACAGAAGAAGGGCGAACGAACCAAAAAAACCAAUGCACUGUCAUGAAGUCCGAAGAUUAUUACUAUGCAUCUAGAUGUAGGUGAAAAGUGGAAGAAUAACACGCACUUCUUGUCUGGUCCGGUAUAUAGGAUAUUAAGCGAGGAAGAAAAAAUCAACGUAGCAUCCAUAGGGUAUCAAACGAGAUGUAACCAAUAUCAACAUGAUGGAUUACUAUGCAGCCAACCCUGGUCCAGUUGACGACUCCGUUUUAUAUGAUCAAGAAAAGCAUGUUUCAGCUGCUGUUUGGGAAGGGCAGGAGCGAGGUGCACUCAGGUGCCACGAACACACUUCAAAGCUCGACCGCUGGUUACUCACGGACAAACAAAUCGAGUUAGUGAAAAAGGCAGGCUUUGGCUAUCUGAGAUUGAUUCCAGCUAUAAGUCUCGAUAAUCCACUUAUAUCUGCACUAGUCGAGAGAUGGAGGAAAGAAACAAACACAUUUCACAUGACAGUUGGAGAAAUGACAGUAUCGCUCGAAGACGUUGCUUAUUUGCUCGGACUACCAAUUGAUGGUGAGCCUGUCAUAGGGGUAACUUACACCACAUGUGAUUCGAUUUGUGUUAAGUACUUAGGUAAAUCACCGGAUUCUGGUUACACGAGCGGUGGAAUGGUGAAGCUGAGCUGGCUGAAAGAGACCUUCUCUGAAUGUUCUGAAAAUGCCUCGAUUGAAGAGAUUGAGUGCAACACACGUGCGUACCUUCUUUAUCUUAUUGGAAGUACGAUUUUUUCGACUACUACUGGUAAUAAAGUUCCGGUUAUGUACCUCCCUUUGUUUGAGAAUUUCAACGAGGCUGGAAAGUAUGCGUGGGGUGCAGCUGCACUGUCUUUCUUGUACAGAGCAUUAGGUAACGCCGCACUUAGAUCGCAGAGUACUAUUAGUGGAUGCUUGACAUUAUUGCAGUGCUGGAGUUACUACCACCUGAAUGUUGGCCGGCCUAAACUUCACCACGACCCAAUCCAUGAAUGUUUUCCUUUUGUACUUAGGUGGAAAGGAAAACACAGUGGGCCCACUUCGAAUCGUGACGUAGCUUUCUAUCGUAAAGCUUUGGAUUGUCUAAAGCCCACUGAUGUUGAUUGGUGUCCUUAUGCGAACAUAAGCCAUACUGUAAUACCGGAGAAUAUCUUAAAUCAACUCAUCCUAGGAAGAUCGAAGACAAUGUUGAUAUGCUUCGACAAGGCAGAAAGACACUUGCCCGAUCGUUGUUUAAGACAGUUUGGCAUGCAUCAAACAAUACCCGAAGAAGUGCAUAUGUGGGAAAGGAAAACUCGUGGUGUUGAUGGUGGUGUAAAUCUCUCUGGUAAAUUGGAAGCAGAGCUUAACGAAUGGGCAAAUCGUCGUUUUCACGUUGUUGAGGCUGAGGAAGACCUGGACGAGGGUGAAUACAUGAACUGGUACUUUCGAAUUACACGCAGAGUCGUGGGGAGGCCUGUAUCUAUCGCAGCCGAGUUUGAAAGAUUGAAUGCUGCAUUGAGGGAUAUUGCACAUAUAGCGGACACGCUUUCAACGCACGGGAUGGAUGAACAGCAAAUACAAUCUGUGACGAGGAUUAGGUAUAAAGCGCACGAGUGUUUGCGGGAUCAAAUUGGAAGCUCGAUAACGGUUAAUGUGGAAAAUUCGGAAAACGAUGUGGGAAAACGAAUUAGAGGGAAAGAAAGGGUUAGAAGAAGGUCCGUGAGUAAACGAAGAAGGAAAGAUGAUGACCCUGACGAAUACUAUGCAUUAACCAGUUGCACGAAUAAUAAUAAUAAUGCCCAAUCCCACUUAUAUUCGCCAGCUGUCGCUGAUGACGUGGAUGGAGGACAAUUGUACCAUGUGGAAAACGAGGUUGUUCUUCCUCCUCAGCAUCUUUGUCUCGACGUUAAUGAUGUGGCAAAGGACUGUGAAGAAGCAGCUGCUGAAGAAGCUGACGUGGACCAACUUUCUCAUGGAUCGGAAGAAAGUCCGGGUGGGCCCCACGCUGCACACUCGUCUCUAGAAAACACCGAGGACGUCACUUGCCAGACGGAUAAUACCGUUGCAGCUUAAGACAGUUGACUUUUGCAGUUCUAAUUAUUUGCUGGGUGAUUGAUUUCUCCGGUUAUUUAAGGCAUUGGAGUAUCUAAGACAAAGUGCCGAGUUACUAUUUUGGAGCUCCGUGGGAAGUUUUAGUUGGGUGUAAUUAGGUUUAGACCAUUCGGAUGAUUUUUUUUCUGGUUUUCUUCCUCCAAUUAUCAAGGGUGUAGCAAAAAUUUUUCGACAAAAAAAAAAAGGUAUGCUUUUGUAAUUAAUUCGACGAUUUUGCAAAUUGUUUUGCAGAAGCCAAUAUCUAGUUAAUGUGUAGCUUUUUGCUUCUGUAAUGAAGGUGGUUAUUAUUUACAGACACUGCAAAAUGAAAGCAUGUGAGCUUUUUACAGUCUGUAAUGUUUGGUAUUACAAGAAAACCAUGAUAACAGAAUCUUAUAUUCGACACUCAUUUGUAGCCUUUUGUUA